AUGGAAGUGCCACAGAUAGCUCGUCCGAUCGAAGCCAUUUCAUUCGAAAGCCAUGCUGCGCGUCUUAUAUCCAAACUCCCAGCAAAGAGGGGUGGUCAGAGCCACUGGUGCUCUACAAGAACUACUGGUUUCCGCCCGUACUUCGUACAGAGCAGGCUGCGCAUCGAAAAUGGCUUCAAACCUCGCCCGGAAGAUGUCAUCCUUGCUACCAACCCCAAGUGCGGCACCACAUGGCUGAAAGCCCUCGCCUUUACAGUCAUCAACCGCUUCCGGUUUCUCGAGCAAUGGACCCUUUUGGAACCAUUGUCUCGAGUACUGGAGGAGAGUAUUGAAAAACCUGAUAAUGUUCUUUUCCUCAAGUAUGAGGAUAUGACCUUAGAGCCAACAAAGUACGUCAUAAGGCUUGCAACGUUCCUGGGUGCUCCAUUUAGUAUUAAGGAAAUAGAGGACGGGAUACCCGAGGAGGUGGUGAGGUUGUGCAGCUUCGAGAAGCCUAGUAGCUUGUCUACAAACCAAACAGGAGAAUUUGCUCGGCUUGGCAACAUAGUUAUUGAGAAGUCAUCAUAUUUUAGGAAAGGAAAGGUGGGUGACUGGGUGAAUCACAUGAGAGAGGAGAUGGGGAGAAAGCUAAAUUGCAUUGUGGAAGAGAAGCUCAAAGGAUCAGGCCUUGUGCUAUAA